AUGAAGGAAGUCAGAGCGGACCGGUGGAAAGUCGAGGUAGAGGUUGAUGUGAAGAAUGAAGGCGAGCGAGAGGGGAAGCAUACGGUACUAUUCUUUUUGACGCCGCCAGAGGAGACGGAGACGGUGUUGAAGCACCCAGAGUGGACUUUGCAAGGGUUUGAAAAGGUCGAGCUGGAGGCGGGGGAGACGAAGACGGUCAAAGUGGUGUUUGACAAAUGCACGUUCUUUAAUCCUCUUGACACUCUCCGGCUCUGGAACACUUGGCGCGCCGAGCUGGGCGAGUGGACAGUGAGGGUUGGGGUUGAUGCUGGAAAGAUGUGGGAAGGAGAAGAGGCAAAGUUUAAGAUUGAGGAUGAGCUCGAGUGGAGGGGGUUGUAA